CGAGACGUCAGUCGGCCAGUACGGAUGAAUCGUGCGCUGCGAAAGAAACAGGGGCAGCAGGAUCGAACGAGUUUUAGUUGCAAGAAAAGGCAAAACAAUAGCGUCGCGAGCGAAAAUAACGCGAAACAACGUGCGUGCGUGCGUGCAAGUGUGUGUGAAAUUGUUGUUUUUUUUUUAAAGCGAAACCACAAGGCUGCUGUCCAAAAAGGAGAACAACGACUGCGCGCCAUCUGGUCUCCAAACGCGAAAUGCUGCUGGAUGCGGUGUAACGCUGCCUGUCAGUGCGAGUCCGGUGGAGAAUCGUUGAUUCCCCAAAUCGCGUAAGAGAACGACAUCCGGACGCGCUGAACACUCCGUCAGCAGCACCGGUUGUCUGUGGGGCAGAAAAUAUGAGCUGGCUGUCGUCGUUAACAUCCCGUGAUCAGCGGCAGUCCCAGCAGCAGCAGCAGCAGCAACAGCCACUAACACUGACCAACCAAAUGCGGCGAAGUUUGCCGCCUAUCAGCUGCACACUUUUAGCGAAAAAACGCAGCAACCGCUGCAGCAGCAGCUUCUACGGCAACAGCAGCAGCAUUGCCGGUACAGCGAAGGGUGGUGAAAAGUGAAUGACAAAAAUAAAUAGGAAAAGCAGGCGAGUGCGAGUGAGAAAAGUGCAACGUUUUCUUGUUGUGAAGAAGAAAGUGGUGUGUGAAACAAACGAAUAUAUCCACACGACGACUGUGUGCACGCGUUCAGCCCUCGAGAGUGCAUCCUUGACAAAGUAGGUCUCCCUGUGCGUGCGUGUGUGUGUGAGUGCGUGUGUCGUUGCAUCCGAGCAGAAGAAGGCAACGGCAACAGCCAGCUGCUGCUGCUGCCUCGUGUAUCUUGAGUUGCUCUACGGUUGCCUCCGAGUUUCCUUUGCGUGUGGUGUGACAGAAAGUGUGGUGAAAAAAGAAAAUCUAAAUCCGAAGAGCGAAGAAAAGAAGCAACAGAAUCGUGCGUGUGUGUGAGGGCGUUGCGUGAGGGCAAAUUCGACCACGCGGUGUGUGCGUGUGUGUUUAGGUCGACACGGAGACGACAAGUAGUAGGAGGCCUCAUCGACGGCUUCAAGACGGCAUCAUCACACCAAAGCAACAGUCCACUCCAACACCAACUUCACCAUGUUCGCAGUAGGCAGUGAAGAGAACCAUGGCCGGACGAGCCGAAGCAGCAACAACAGUCGACACAACCGAUGGACGGCACGGUUCCUGGGGCUAGUGCUGUUGGUACUGCUGCAGCUUGAAUCGCAGGUGCACUUUCAGCCCGUCGCAGCCACACCGGAAGAUACAUCUGCUUCUUCUUCCUCCUCCUCCUCCUCCACCUCCACCUCCACCACAUCUUCAUCUUCCCGCGCAGCACAGUCCGGUUCGACAUCCGGCACCCAGUCUGGAUCCUCGUCCUCCUCGUCCCUAAUCGACGGGAUCAUCCUCGACGAGAACAGCUUGCUGCUGAGUGCGGGCCAGAAAAUACUCAGCGAGGAGGCGGCCACCCAUCUGUUCUUUCACCCGCCCGCGCUCAACUUUGCCGACCGAUCGAUCGGCGAUCCGCACAACCAGCUGGUGGUGCUGUUCAAUCGGCACAAAAACCGCAGCGUCUACCUAGGCUCCAUCUCCGGCAGUACGGCCGAAUUUUCCAGCUCGUACUUCAAGGAGAAGGUGAUCCCGCCCGGUGGCAACACAAGCUUCAACGUGGUGUUCCUGCCCCGCAAGCUGGGCGCCGCGGAUGGAUCCCUGCUCGUGCACACCUCGUUCGGGAUGCUCCGGUAUGUGGUGCAGGGCGAGGGCAUCGAAUGUCCGUACCGGUUACGACCGCUCGUCGGGUUGCAGGCCCCCCUGAACGCGACCCUCUCGCCCGAGAUCACCCUGUACAACCCGCACGACACACCGCUCCAGAUUGUGGAGGUGUACAGUAGCGGGGGGAACUUUCAGCUCGAGCUGCCGAGCGGCGCACAGGAAGGGCCGCAAACGCUGUGGGAAAUCCCGCCGCACAGUACGCGCACGGUGAUAAGGGUGCGGUUUCAUGCGCGCACCCCCGGCAAUCAUAUCGCGUACGUACGGAUCAAGAUCUCAGGCGGUGCGGCCAACCCGGCGCUCGUCGAUAAGAUGCUAGUCGUGCCGAUCGAGGUGGAAAUCUCGAAAGAGACGGGCCUGUACUCGCGUAUACCGUUUCUGGAGCUGGGCAUCACCUCGUCCCUGUCCGGAGCGGAGGUCGUCAGCGCAACGACGGCAGCCAGACGUACUACGGCGGCGACCGCACUGGCCGCGCCGGUAGACGACAGCGAGUUUGGGCUGAGCGUACGAACCGGGCGCAAUGUGACGCGGCUCAGCCUAGACCUGUACAACUCGGGCAGUCAGCUGGUGCGGGUGAAGAGUUGGCUGGUGCAGGCGGAUGACGCGGAAUCGGUGCGAUGUUUGCAGGUGCUGGUUGCGGAAGGACCGACGCUGCACGUCGAGUUCGAUUGGUCCAAGUUGACGAGCGAUCGGCGGCAUAUAAGCGGGCGAAUAUUGCUUAAGCUGGAACGAAUACUAUCCGCAUCGGACGACGGGGAACAGGGGAUAGGGGAUGAGGAAGAGACAGAGGAGGAUGGAGAGCAGCAGCAGGAGGAGCUUCACAGUCAAGAAGAAUCCACGAGCCGGAGUACGUACAAGUAUGAGCAAGAGGUUAUCCGGACACGGACGAGCGAGUACGAAGGCGGGACUGCUGCUGCUGCUAGCACCACGGAGGACGGAGCGGAAGGCACGGAACGGGCAAAGGUUGUGCCGAGCGUCUACUAUAUACCGUUCGCUGGCGAGGUGUUGAAAGGAAGCAUCCAGUACAAUGAGGAAGCGUUACGGUUUCUGCUUCCUUCUGCCCAGCAGCACGCCCAAGGCACAUCCUCCGACGGGAAGAUGGAUAAGGAAGAGGAGGAGAGUGGUGGUGGUGGUGGUGGUCGGGGACGGCCACUAGUCGUCCGGAAUCACUUUAACGUGCCAUUGUCCAUCACGAACAUUAGCGUACCUGAGAACUGUUCGCGAUAUUUCGCGAUCGAGAACUUCCGGCCGGUCGUGCUGCAGCCGAACGAUGAGCGCACGCUGCUACGAAUCCACCGACUGGCCAGCAUCGACGACCGCCGCCAGUUCACCUACUUCACGUCGCUGCGACUCGCGACCAACAUCAGCGACUACGAGCUGCCGGUGCUGGGGUACAGUGGACGGUUGGAGCGGCUCCUAUCGCCCACCGUCCGGGACGCAUCGUUACUAACGCCGACCGGGCUCGUUCAACCGCAAAAGCCGGCGGCGGAGGAAGCGGAGCAGGUGGACGGUGAUGCGCAGGAGCUAGACUUUGGUGUGCUGCCGAUCGCAACGAUCGGUGAGGCGCUGGUGGCGUUCCGCAAUCCGAACCCCAUCCCCAUACCGAUCAUCCACUGGAAGGGCGCGAUCACGUCUGAGGCGGCGGUCGGAGCGCCCACGAUCACGGUCAUUCUGCGGGGUUGUGGGCCGCUCCGGCUGGACGGGUUGGUGUUUUGCCACACGGUGCAGCCGGGCGAGUGGAUCGUGUACCAGAUCAGCGUGCAGAGCGGCACGAUUGACAGCUACCAGGGUCGGUUCACGGUCAAGACGGACUACGAGGAGAUCGUGACGCCGCUCCGGUUUACCACGGCCGUCGGCGAGCUGCACCUGAUGCGUGAUCGGUUGCGCUUUGACGAUUGUUUUCCGGGGAAGCUAUGCUCACUGUCACUGCUGGCCGCCUCCAGCUUUCCGACCAAGAUCCAGAUCGAAAGUAUCCGGACGGAUGUGCCCGGCUUAAGCUACGAGUUCCUAUCGCCGGACAAGCAGCGACCGCUCGCACCGAAUCAACCGGUCGCCCUCUAUCCGGACACGGUGACCAGCAUCGGUCGGUUAACGCUCGACCCGAAGGCUCACUGUGGUCCGGCCGAUUGUUACAGCAGCUUCGAUCUGCUCUCGAAACCGUUCGGAGUCAAGUGGAUGGCCACGCUGGAUUGCUAUGAGCAGUACCGGCGACUGGACAGUGAUAAGCUGCUGCAGCAGCUACAGCGGUACGCGGAGAUGCGCCAACGGUUAACGAGCGUCCAUUUCCAGGUGCUGGCCGAAUCGAGCCGAAGGUUCGAUUUUAACGCAAGCGUCGGUCUGGUGUGGCCCAAGCUGCUGGACGAGAAUGUGUUCUUUCCGACGCUCCAGGUGGAGCAGGAAGCGGUCCGGCUGAUCACGAUCAACAAUCCCUCGGAUCAGAUACUGUUCGUGCAUCUGGUACUGCACGACGUGGCCAUCCACGGCCGGCAACCGAUAGUGGACGGUGGUGGUGGUGGUGGUGGUGGUGCGGGUGGCGGCAUCAACUUACCUCCGGAGGUGCUAACCGCCUGCGACAACUGUACGCUGAGCGAGGAGAGCGUGUUUUCCUUCUUCCUGUUCGACAGUGACGACAUCUACGUCAACUACGUGAAGCCACAAUCGUUUCUGCGGAUUGCGAUCAAGUUCAGUGCCCACCUGCCCGGCACCUACUCGACCGUCCUGUACAUGCGCAACAAUCUCACGCUAAUCGACGCCGCCUGGAUACAGGCACGGGCGGUAGUCCCGCUCUUCAAAUUCGGCAAUCGGCGUCCCGGUUCACCAACGGCGCUGCAGUUUGAAAUAACGGAAAAGCACGCUCAGCCGUGCUACGAUUGGUACUAUCGCCAAUUGCGGUCCGAGGGUCGCUUGCGGGAGUACGAAAUAGACGCCGAAGGCCAUCGGCAUGAGAUGGUGAAACAGGAUGAAGGGGCGGCAGGAGGAGGCACAGACAGGGAGCGGAAGGACUUUGUGGUGGAAACGCGACGCACGUUUACGGCGCGCAACUACGGCGAGGUACCGAUCCUGAUAUCCGCGAUCCGGAUCGAGGAAACGCCGUGCGAAGGUUUCGGCUUCAAGGUGCUGGACUGCACGCCCUUCGAGCUCGCUCCGAACGCCAGCCGGAAGAUUGAGAUUGCGUUCGCGCCCGACUUUACGCUCUCGCGCGUCGUGCGCACGCUGCACUUCGACACGAACAUUAACCAGUUCUCGGUGAACUUUACGCUGCUGGGCACGGUACCGAUGCACCGGUUGGAUGUGUGCAAUCGGGCGCUACCACGGCCCUGGUUCGAGUACUGGUUCCGGGCAGUGCUGUUUGUGGUGCUGCCGACUGUGCUGUUCGGAACGCUGGCGGUAGCCGUGCUCGACUCGAACCGCGUCCUGCGGAUCCAUUUUUUGAGCCUCGUGCGCGAGAAAGGUCCGCUGCAGCCGCCGCUUGAUCUACGGCAGAUCGCGCUCCAGCAUUCGAACACUAGCAGCGGGGAUGCGGCGGGAGGAAAGGAAUCCACCGGACGGGUGACCGUUGGAGCAACGAAUCAAAACGGUAGCGUGCUCAGCACGUCCUCCACGGUAAUAUCCCGAAGCAACCGUAAGCCGGAACGUAAGAACGGUACACACUCGAAGGGGGCUGGAGCAGGGUUGCAGAACGGCAGUGCGAGCAGUGGAGUCUUUUCGGGGGAGAGUACGCCCAGUCGAUUCAAUCGUAGCUGGACGGAUUUUACAUCAAAGCUUGGUGCAACGGCCAAACCCAUCCUUGCUGCUGCUUCACCCACUGCUCAAAAGGCGUCCUCCUCGCCGCUGGAUCGGGCCCCACCUGCAUCUCUUUCGAAGAGUCGUCGCUCAAUAACUCCGUCGAAAGAGCAGCAGUCACUAAGUUCGGAAGCCCAGUCCCAACCAGCACCCAGCAGUAGCGACAGCGCUGGAGCAGCAACCAAAGACAGAACGAAGGCAUCAGCCCCCACGUCCACACCCGAAACGGAAAGCGUGAAAAGCGCAAAGAAUGGACCGCUGUUCGGUGCGAAACCGGCACCACCGCCGAUCAGCUCUUUAACCAGUGACUUAACCGGCGUGCUUGAAUCAAAUUCAACCGCCACCAGCAAACAACAUCACCAUUCGACUUCGUCGUCGUCCUCACUAUCAUCAUCGUCCUCAUCAUCGGUGGCCGCCGCGGAAGAGCCAGCUGCCGAGGAGCGGCACAUUUCGUCCACCGGCUCGUUGUCCCUUUCUUCCUCCUCAACCUGCUCAUCGUCAUCAUCGUCCUCGUCGUCGUCAUCAUCAUCCGGAUCGUCGACGACAUCCUCGUCGUCUUCGUCACCAUCGCCAACGUCGAAGCAGAAUCAUCCAGCAAACAAACAAAAGUCCGGCGCAACAAACCCGGCGACAGCCAGCACCAAAACGAACGUGAAGAAAACGAAAAGCUUACCGGUGAGCUACGAAUCGGUGGUCGUCUCGUUGGCAUCGGUGUUUGCCGUCACCAGCAGCACGCUAGCGCGGACGGGCACCACCACCAUCACAACCUAUACUAGUCAGAAACCCGUGGCGGAAGUAACUGCAUCGACGGUGGUCACAACGGCCACCGGAGCGUCACCCACUGCCGCGAAGGAUGGGGUGUCCGCUGUGCAGAUGCCGGCGAAGGAAACUGCGCCAAGUAAGCUGCGCCCCGGCGCAUCGUUCGGACCGAACGGAACAGCGAAGUCCUCGGUGACCUCCACCAACAAACAGCAGGAUGCGUCGUCGGGGAUGAGCUGUGUAAAGGCGGGCAGUGAGAAGGUAAACGCUUUCAGCGGUACAUCUGGUGCAGCCGACGGUGUUGGAAAGGAAAACAGUUCCUGUGGUAACAUCAUAAGCCAGGAGAAACUAUCCCUCGGAAACGGAAAUAGCGCACAGGCUGUCGAGUCGUCCCUGCAGCAGCAGCAUCAGCAACAGCAGCCCCAAUCGAAGAAGUUUAGCAAAACACCUGGCCGUGAGCGUAAACCGAACCAAAGCAAGAAAGGCACGAACGGCAAAGGGCCGGCGACGGGCUACAAGGGAACGGCGCUUCAGUUUAACACACCCGCGCAACAACAGCACAAAUCGACCACGCUCGGUACGCUGCUGCAGAAUGCUUCCGUGCCGGUGGCGGUGUCUUCGUCGGCUUCGGCUGGUGGUGGUGUCACGGUUUGGGGAGAAAACUGUGCCCGAUUCAGCGAUGUCGUUGCCCAAUCGGCGGCCACAUCCUCCAAGUCGGUGGUAGGUGGAAAACAAUCCACGGUUGGCUCGCUCCUGGAAGCUUUGCCAUGGCUUUCCGGCGGUGGUGGCGGAAGCAACCAAGCCGCUGAUAAGUCGGUGAACCAUGCACGCUCACAUGCGAGCUACGGGACGGCAACGGUAUCAACCGCAGGAAGCACUCCAACCUAUCGAAAGUCUCUACUGCACUCUCAUCAGGAUUCCGCCAGCAAUGGUGCGGUCGCUUCUACCGCCAGCGCAUCGAAUCGCACGGAAAUCGCAAAAUCGAAGGACGAUAGCUAUAUUGGUGGUACGCUCGAGAAGGAAUGUUCGGCACCGUUUGUUGCGACCAGUAGUGCAUCACCCGACCUCGGCCCAAUCGGAACGUCGAAGAAAUCGCCCACUGGUACCGGCGGUGCCGAUGGCGAUGGCGAAGACAGCGAAGGCAUGAUGGGUCGUAUGGGAGGCAGGGUGGGAUCGAAUGUGGCGAACUGUUGGGAACCGUUUGUAGGCCCCGUUAUCCACAAUCCGACCCAGCUGGCGAGCGGUUCCGGUGCCGGUGAGUCUGCUGGCAAACCGAUGAACGGUGACCAACAACGGUCGGACAGCUUCUUCUCGCAAUCGUUUGCCGAUUAUCCGCACCGAGCGAGUGACCAGUACCGGGGCAUUGGAUCGAACGGAAUGAUGAAUGGCAUCGGUACGUCGUCGUUGCUUUCGAUUGCUGGCCAUCCGUUUACCGGCAAUGGGGGUGCUAACCAGCAAACCGAGUCCGUCGGUAGCUCGGGACCGGUCGAGAAUGAUUUUAUGGAAGCUCACUUCCAUCCAUCCGGUCAGCAGCAACAUCUACAGCACCACCAGCAGCAACACAAACACCACGGUGGGUGGAACAGCAGCUCCACGAUGGAUGAUGCGCAUUUGUCGCAGUGGCCACUCGCUUCUUCGCACAAACCGUUGUCCUCGCAGUCGGGCGGUAUGAAUCAAAACUGGCGCUCGGCCGACCUGUGGAACAGUCUGAACGCUCAGCAUCAGUACCAGCAGCAGCAACAACAGCAGAUGGCGUACGAAUCGGUCCUUCACUUUCACUCGCAGCUGGCAAUGGCUGCGGCGGGAGCUAAUCAGCUUUCUGGGACUUCACACCCGCUUCAGCAGCAGCAGCACCAACAGCAGCUAGGCCAUCGUUCGGCGAAUCUUAACGAUGCGUGGCUCGGUACCGCGGGAAUGGCUUCCGGUCAGACAACCGUUGCACCGCCGCCCGGCUUCUCCAAUCAUCAUGGUUUGUCCUCGAGUCGGAUGGUUUAUCAGGAUCAUCAGCAGCAAGCAUACAACAUGCUCCUGCAGCAUCGAUUCCAACAACAACAACAACAACAGCAGCAGCAACAGCAGCAGCAACAACAACAAUCGCAACAACCGCAACAACCGCAACAACAGCAGCAGCUCAUCCGUCAACUUUCAUCCGAAGAGACUUCCGGUGCUUCUUCGGGUGGUAACGGUUCGGGUUCUUCUACCGUUGAUCCUACCUCUGGCGGGCAAACAUCGGCAACAGCAGCAGCAGCAGCAGCAACUUCAACCGUAUCAACAUCAUCCGGAACAUCAACUUCCGGUUCCACUUCGUCCGCCUCCUCUACGUACAAUCCAUUUCAGCUUCCAUCGAUCUGGUCUCCGGCCAACAAUAUCGAUGUGUGGGCCGCAUCGGCCGGACCCUCGGAGGAAGCAUAGACGGAUACACCGGUUCGCUUUCGACCAGAAGCUGCAUAUAUUUAAGUUGCUAAAUAGUUGCUGUGAGAUUUGUGCUGCAAAAACAAAUAUUCCUUUUUUUUUGCUUGCUUUAGUUUACGGCUCGAAAUUUUGAAAUCGAGAGGCAUUGUUGAGGCUUGCAAGGCAAACUGUUUGAAAAUAUGGAAAUUGAAUUUUUGUCGUUCCUCACAGGACAAACAACACAUUUGAACAGGGGAUAUUCAUAUUUCCUCAAAAAUCCUUUUUUUUUAAUUUAAUAGAAAUGGAAACAAAGCUUUGCCUUGCCAUUUAAACCACAAUCUAAGCGCACAAUCUGUUUUCUCUGCAACUUUUGUUUUGUUUUAAUUUCUUAAUUUAGUUCUUCUGAACACAUAGAGGUAAUAUGGCGACCGCUAGGUGUGUAUGCCAGCAAACAAUACUUUUUAUACUUUUUUUUUUAAAGUUCUCCGUUCCAUUGCACCAGAAUGGCGAAUGGAUGAUGGAGAGAGGGCGAUUUUUAAUUUUGUUCAUCAAUUUACUACCUUACUUCUCUUUACCCAAUUUUUUUUUCUUUCAUUUUUUCCUGAGCUUUAGUUCUUUAUAACACACGUUUCUAACACACGAAGUUACACGUUUUGAUUGCGUUGCGAGAAGAUACUUUGAAUUACAUUUGAAAUGAAUAUUAUGCUGUGUAUUAGGUGAAUGUAAUGUAGUUUUACUUUGAUGCCGAGGUGCCGCGUGAGAGAGAUGCUAUGAAAUUACUGUGUUUUUUAGCCCCCUAAUUUCGUCGUUGUUGCACCGGAACGUUUUGCCGUAGUUUUGCUUACAAUUUUCUGUUUGCACCAAAUUGUAUGAGAUGCUGCUGCAACGGAUAACGAAACACUAUAAAGUAGCUGGAUUAUUUGCGAUAUCGAACAACUUAAUGAUAAACAAACGCCCCUUACUAUUUGGCUCACCGGAAGGUAACGUUCGUUCGUUCGUUCGUUCGUUCGUUGGUGGUGUGAAAGCCCUCAUUGGCAGCCCGCGAUGAGGGCGAACAAAAUAUCUACAAAAUACAACACAAUAUUACACACACACACAGAACCAUAAUAUUACCUAUAUGCUGCUCGUACUAAGAAGGCAUGCUGCUGUUGUGGGCCACACAAACACAGAAACCUGAUGAUGAUAAGCUACUGUAAUGCAUGGAUGGACGCUAUGGACUAAACGAACAAAACUCUCGAUAAAUGAUGAUACGAACCGGCACGGUUAGUAGUGCAAGGAUGAUACUGACAAAUGAUGAUGAUGAAAAACGGACGAAUAAUGCGGCGGACCCUUUGCCGGGCGGCCUGUGCCUAGCAAGCGGUCACCGAAACGAUUUGGAUGAAAUAAAAAAAAAAGCAAACAAAACGCAUGCACACGAAAGGUGUGUAAAAAGGAUGAAAUAAUCUGCAAACGAAA